AAUACUUUUGAGUCAGCGUUAGUUUCGAGUUACCCACCUCGUGGCUACGUAAACAAUUCAUGGAAAGUUAUAAAUAUUAUAUGAUGUGAUUGUGAACAGCUACGAAAUGAAUCCUAAUAAACGCGACUAUAAUGGAUGGAUAUUGUGUCCAUCCACUAGAUUCCCUGGUAAAUUCUAUUAUUUUAACGUCGUAACUGGCGAGGCAGCUUGGAGUUUAUCCAAUGUCGAGAGAAGAAUGGUGUCCAGACCUAGCUUUCCGCAAUCUGACAAAUGGCAAACUUACCCUGAGCCUGAGAGUCCACCAGAAGAGACCAGUCAACUCUGGAACUACCAACCAGAGCCCAGAAUGUACCACCAACCAAUGCCAGUAUUUGGCCAACCUGCAUUCCCAAACUAUGGGCCAAGCAUGGUAGAGCCAAUGUCUCCAAACAUUGGCUGGACUCCUGUACAAAUACCAACAUCAAUUUACAGGCCAAUGAAUGUCCAAACAUUUGAUCCAUCGCCACAAAGCUGGCCCAACUUUGGCCAACAUAAAUUCAUGUACCGAGAUCCUAUGAAAAGAGAUUUCCAAGAACACAAAUAUUUUGACAGUAACAACAGAUAUUUUGAUGUCAACAACAAGUUUCCAAACUUCAACAGCCAAAGACAGGUAUUCAGUCAAAAACCAAUGAAUUAUCCAGUCCAUCCAGGACCUUUCAUGCAUCCAAAAGACAUGUUCAAUGCAAAAGGCACUAUGCCUUAUCCUGACCAGAGAAAUACUUUCAAACCACACUUUAGAGCUCCGAAUGAACAAUUUAAUGAAAACAUGUUCAGCCAAAAUUCACUAGCAGCUCAAGAAUUGAACAGGCAAAGGAUUUUAAACCAGAAAUUCAUAAGUAACUCACAAACAUUUGGCCAUUCUCUGUCAAAAUCACAGGAAAAUUUGGCAAUGUUUAACAGUUACAACAACUUUAAUACCAUUCAGAAACCAGAUGCUGCUAGACCUAAGAUAGGCCUUGGACUCCUGAGGUCAAAAUCUAUGAGCGACUUGAAACAAGCACCUAAACAUGAUAACCCAUUUUUGAGCCCUAAGAAAAACAUUCCAUUUCCGCACUUGGCUAAUCAAAAUUUCUCAACUUCAAAGUCUUUUGACAACCUGUUGAAUGUCCAUUCUACUACAGAACCAGCAUUUAGUCCGGAGAAAAAGGUUCAGAAGGUAUCGAGGCAAAAUGUAUCUUUUAGACCAGCUGCAUUGAAAAAUAGGCUUGUUUUCGUAGACAAUAAGGGUACUAAUGAAAAGGACAGUCAGGAUUCAGAGCAAAAUUUAAGUGAAACUGACUUGCGAUACGUUCUGAUGGCUCGGCGACGCAAGUCUUCUCUGAGCGAGCAUGAGGAUGGACAUAAUGAAGUAAAGAAGAUAAAAACAACUUACUCAGAAGAAUAUAUGCAACCCCAACCAGCUAAGAAGAAGAGAGUUACAUUCAACCUCGGUGUUGAAGACGACCGAGAGAUCAGUGUUGCUGAAGAUUGCCAGAAUCAUAUGGAUAUUGUGGAUACUACAGAAGACAAUUGUGAAGCUGAGACUGACACCGCACCUGAGGAGCAGGUUCCUGUGUGUGUGAUAGCUGAUGCUGAUGUUCUUCUGGCGGAGUUUGAGCUCAUUGACGAGUUCGUGCAGUCUGAUGAGACCUACACACUACUGGUGCCGCAAUCAGUAAAAACCGAAGUGGAGGCCUUAGGACAAGGUCUAUGCAAUGGUAGACAUCUAGUGCUGAGCGCCAGACAUAUAGUGAGGAAGCUGGCUGACCCACCGACCCAUAUCACUGUUGAACCCAGAGACUCUUCAUUUAAAUGUGAGGAAUUGACAAAAAAUCCGAUACUGAAAUGCUGUCUACAAAUGUACGAUGACGGAAAUUAUGUGAUUUUAGUUACUGACAACGAAGAAUUGUACAAAAACGCAACAGAAUUAGAAUUAGAAUGUUACACGUCACAACAAAUCAAAGAAUAUAUGGCAACACCAAAAACAGAGGUCUCUUUUGACUUGAAGAAAGUCGAAAAUGGCGGUUAUAAGCUUAAAGAAAAUCUAGGAAAAAUCCCUUUUGCUUUAACAAAAGAUGAUAACGAAGUUACAUUUUCGAAAAAGGAAAAAAUCCAACAGAAUUUAGCAAAAAAGAUUGAUUUCGAAGAAGACGACGCGUUUGAUAUUCAAUCUAAAACAAUUAACCAAUCGAAUGAUAACUCGUUUUUUCACGAGAAUGACACAAUUAUAGCAACACAAAUAAGUAACGACAUAGAAAACUUAAACUUGAAAGAAAUCGAUGAAAAAAUCGACUCACGAAAGCCGAAAGGAAAACAAUUGAAUAAAGAAAAAGAAAUACCGAGUUCUUAUUUUAAAAAUGACAGUUCGGAGAAUGUAAAUUUUCAAAAUGGCGGCCUGUCUAGUUUCUCCGACAGGCCGCAGGCAGCGGACUCCGGUGUGGCCAGUAAGAAGAAAAUAAAAGAUAUAAAUGUUUAUAAUCUCAGCGAGCAUCUAAGGAGUUUUUAUGUGAGGAAUAAUGUUGUUGAGGAGAGAAUUGCUACUAGAAUGGACGAGUGGCUGUGUUUGUUUGUACAAAUUAUGGAAGCCACUCUGUUGGAUGCUUUGAGUAUCAUCAAAUCGCCGCAAAUAGAGGACUGUACAAAUUUCCCCUUACGCGAUUUGCUACAGAGAACACGGGACGUGUACGCCGACCACAGGACUGUUAGGGUCCUGAUAGACAAACUGUGUGCCGCCCUGGAUUAUGGUUUUAAGAACGCUGGGAAAAACAAUUGUCCUACAUUUUCAAUGAAGCCAAAUGAAUUCAUGCAGAUGUUUGGAUUUGGUGUACUGCUUAUUAAAAGUCUCAAGAACAUUCUACAAGAGAACCCAGCACUGUCGGACGGGGAGGAGCUGCUGGAGAACUUGCACCGCGACGUGCUGGAGGGCCGGCCGGAGCCCGAGGGCGCUCCGCCCCCGCCCGCGCCGCCCGCAGCGAGGGACCUGUGCCCCCGGCCCGACUUUGUCAAGAAACCGUCUGAGAUCCUGCAGUAUCUGAGGGAGCAUUACCCGGAGUGGAACUCUUACAGGACCCCGGAGGACAACCCUGAGGAAGCACCACCGGUUCAACCGAAAUCGACCAAAAUCGCCCGAACUUUCGGAAAACAUCUCGGCCUACUAAAAUUUGAUUCAUCCAAAAACAUGACGCUAGCCAAACACAAUCAGAAAGACACGAAACACCUUAAAGAACACAACAAUGAUACUCUAAACGCGAAUAAAGAAUUUGAAAACUCUGAACUGUUCAAAGAAGAACUUACUGGGCCGAAAAUGAUAAAAAAGUUAGCUUUACAUCCGUUUUUACCGCCGAAAAUGAAAGAGAUAGACGUCGAAAAGAGGGAAACCAUAAACAAUGAGCUAAUAAACAUGAUUGAAACUAUGACAGACAAGAAACCAGCGAAAUGUGUGACGAAAUAUUACGAUUUAAACACAAUUAUAGUCAAUAAAAACGCAGACAACAAUCCGAAGAGUGAUCCUUGCGUCAAAAAUUUGAAAGAUUUCCAAAAGAGCUUGGAAGCACUCGCGAAAAUUUUACCGCACAAUUCUGAUGAUGCUAAGAGAAAUAAGGACAGUAAUACAGCAAAAAACGUACAAAAAACAUCAAAAGAUACUGAAGUAGAAUUAGAAGAUAAAUUAAGUACAAAAACUGAUGUAAACCUUAAACAGUCAUUAGAUUUGGACAUGUUAGAUUAUUCUGAUAUACAAAGCACACCAGACACGAUAUCCGAGAGGACAUUAGUCAUUGACACUUCAUUUGAAGCAACAUCUCCCAAUGAUAAGGAAGUCGAAGAAACUAUUUUCAAUGACAGACAGAAAGAGAAUUUUGAUAACGCUGAUGAAAAUACUGAAAAUGAUGAACGAAAUCAUGAUGAUGAGGAAAAUAAUGAUGUCGCUAAGGACGAUGAUGCUCAACAGAAUGAUGCCAGUAAUGUUAAUGAUGAAACGAAUGCAGAAGCGGCAUUAAAUGGCAUUAAUCAUGAUUCUAACGAAGUUACUGAUGACAGCGGCAUUGAAAGCGAAAGUCAGCAUGCUUAUUCGUUUUGCCAGAACUUUUUGUGUGAACUUAGCUGUACAUAUAAAACUGUUUAUUACUUCAUCAAAUCAAGUUUGAGCGAACUAAAACAUAAGAAUAAUAUUAGAAGUGGCAGAAAAAAAUUUUUGCACGAGAACGCAGCGAGUACCUAUACUAUUAUGGCCACCAUUAUUAGGAAUCUAAAAUUCAUUAUUGAAAGAGAGACAAAUGAUGGAACGAAAGUAAUUCAGUUGAUGUUCAAAGAAGGAACUGAACCUUGUAAAGAUAAAAGGAUUUCUAGGUACAGACAGGUCAUAGUGAAAUGUUUGGAACAGGCCAGGAUACUGCAGAAUGCGUUGAAAUUGCUGCAGCGGGCGACUGGGGAUGAAGAUGUAGACUCCGUGUCCUGCAGUUCCAUGACUCCUAACGAGUAUUACAACGUUUUUGAAUAAUUCGCUAAUAGGGUUGGCAGGCUCGAAAUACAAAAAUUCAUACAUACAUAAACUGCCUAUAUACGUCCCAAUGGGCACAGGCCUCCUCUCAAUCAACCGGAGGGGUGUAUGGAGCAUACUCCACCACGCUGCUCCAAUGCGGGUUGGUGGGGGUGUUUUACGGCUAAUAGCCGGGACCAAUGGCUUAACGUGCCCUCCGGAGCACGGAAUCAUCUUACUUUUUGAAAAGUCCUUAACAAACAAAGGACAGUCUCACAAAGUAAUUUCAACAAUGUCCCCAUCGGAAAUCGAACCCGGACCUCCAGAUCGUGAGCCUAACGCUCUAACCACUAGACCACGGAGGCUGUUCAACAAAAAUUCAAAUAUCUUUAUUUUCAGACUUGUCCAACAUAACGAGUAGUGAGGGGGAUGAUUCUGAAUUGAUAUCAAGUGGAAAUUUUCCAUCGGAGAAGUAUGAAAUGAAAAUAAUUAAAAAAAAACACUAUUUUAAUUAAUUUUCCGACAGAAAAAUCCACUUGAUAUCAACUCAGAAACAUGGUCUGACUCAUCCCCCUCAGUAUUAGUUACGGUGUCACUAACACCCAUACCUCAUUGUAUGGCUACCUGUAUGUACUUGUGUGGGGUGUGACAUCGUAACAAAUACUGAGAGAGAUGAUUCAGCUCUAUUCUGAGUUAAUAUCAAAUGGAAUUUUCCAUCGCAAAAGUAUAGAAUUGAAAAAAAAAAAUGAAUUUAAUGACGGAAAAUUCCACUUGAUAUUAACUCAGAAUAAUGACUUGAAUCAUCCCCCUUAGUAUUCGUUACGAUUAUUGUCCAGUCAUGACCAAUAUAAUGUACCCACUUUAGGACUCUGUCGCACUAACAUAUUUGACAUUUAGUGAGACUUACAGUUCAAUUUGUCAAAAAAUGCUAAUGUGACAUGGUACCAAAGUGUAUACAUAUUAAUGCUCGUGACCGUCCAUAGAUGUUAGUAACGUAAAAGGACGUAAAUUUUAUUAUUGAAACUUAAGUGAAUUACUGACUAAUGCAUUUAAUUACUUAUAUUUGUCACGUACACAAAAAUAAUUAAAACUGUACGUACUUUUACUUUUUUUUGACGUGACUUAUUGUAGAUUUGCCGCAGAUGGCAUUAACUACUUGGCUGGACAAAUGGGGAGCGCUGAGGGCUCUCACCCGGUACAACGUUUAAGACAACAGGCCUGAGGGUGCCCAGUUGGGCGCGAACCUCGGCUCAGGGCGUCGUCUGAGAGGAAAAAUAUUUGAAAGAAUUAAUCGACCCUAGUGGGUCGAUAGUGAUAAGCGCAGGCUGUUAGCGAAACCGUAACGAAAACUUUGAGGCACGGACGAACGGGAGUUACCGGUCUAUACGUAGUAUAAGUCUAAUGAAGAACUAAUGAGAACAAACACCAAUAAACUGUCUGAUAAGUUCUGGAUAAAAUAUCAGACAGUUAUCAAGUGGUGCAAUAGACCCCAAGUGCACGGCGCAUCGCCUAUUGAGGUAGGCAGCGCAAUAUGUUGACAUUUAAAAUAUUUUCUGUUGAUAAUUUAAUUUUUGAGUCGAACUGUGUUAAAAUCAAUAAAUAUUAGAAUUAAGCAUUAAUCUUAGGUUUAAGUAGACAUUUUUGUAUAGCGUUAGUGACACCGUAACGAAUACUGAGGGUGAUCAUCAGGCUAUGAUUCUGAGUUGAUAUCAAGUGGUAAUUCCUGUAGAAAAAUUGUAGUCUUCUUAUCGUGUGGGUUGUGAGGUAGAAUACCAACCUCAUCAACCCUGGUGUCAGGGUUAUUACUGGUUUGGCGGCUCAGUAAAAUUUUAGUGUUUUUUGUGUAAAACUUGGGUUUUUGUUACGGUAUCACUAACACAUUAUACAGUCAUGAGCAAUAUAAUGUACCCACUUUAGGACUCUGUCGCACUAACAUAUUUGACAUUUAGUGAGACUUACAGUUCAAUUUGUCAAAAAAGUUAAUGUGACAUGAUACCAAAGUGUAUACAUACAUAUUAAUGCUCGUGACCGUACCUGUGUAAGCGCUGAAGAAGUACAUAAUCCCACUCGUUUUUCUAGUUAUUUUUUUUUUAAAUAUUUUUUAUUCUAUGUUUCAGUGACAUGUCAUUUCAUAUAAGUUAACUCUCAGGGUGGUAUUAAUAAACUAAUCUCAGCUUCGAGACUGCCCUCAGGAUCAUAUCAAUGUGACAGUUAAUCAAAUCAAAUAUACUUUAUUGCACAGAACUACAUUUAAACAAUCAGACAUUAACACAUGAAUACAGUACAAUUUGGGCGGCCUUAUUGCUCUAGAGCAAUUUCUUCCAGGCAACCACCAAAAGGAAAUAAACUUGGAUGCGUUCUCAGUUGCGUUUACAGUUCUCAUAUAAGAACAGAGACUUGAGCAUGAUCUUGAGGGCAGUCUCAGCUGAGAUUCGUUUAUUAAUACCACCCUAAGGGCCCUUUGAUACUAGCGAUUGUUGCUCGGCGCGAUACUGGGUAAAACUUAGAACACGGGUGUUCUAUCUCAUUUUAUAUCUGUUGAUUUUGUCCUAAAAGAUUAUAAAUAAACCAUAGAAAAUAUACUUAA